CCCUGUCCCGCCUCCGGAGCCACAGGCGGCGGCAACAGCAGCAGCGGCCGGGCUCCCUCCUAGCGGUGCAAUGUCUCGCGGGCCGCGGGUGAUCCGCACCGAUGUCAGCAGCGGGGGCGCCUCGAUCUCUUCCCCGCCUCCGGACCCCGGCUGCCUGGACCGAGCCUACGCCCGCUCUUGCACCGCCAUGCUGAAGGUGGUUCAGAUGGUGUUGUUGCUGAUUGCAUUCAUCUGCAUAACAAGCUCGGUAUGGACAGAUUACACUGCAUACAGUUACUUCGAAAUUGUCACCAUGUGUGACUUUGUGAUGAUCCUUGUCUUCUACAUUGUUUACCUUUUCCGAGUUUACCGAAUGCUGACUUGCAUCAACUGGCCGCUUGCGGAGUUUCUCCAUUACCUGAUAGGUACCAGCCUGCUUCUCAUUGCAUCUUUUGUGGCGGCAACAAAAAGUUACAACACAGGUGGACUUGUGGCUGGAGCGACCUUUGGAUUUUUAGCUACAUUCCUGUGCUUCUUAAGUAUAUGGCUAUCAUACAAAGUUUCAUGUGUGACUCAGUCAACAGAUGCUGCUGUGUGAGUCUUCUGCCCCUGCUAGACCAAAGAGGGGAGUUUACAUUAAGCCCAAAGAAGAGGCAGCUAACCUGUGCAAGAUGGAAUAGUACACUGGUAGUAUUUAAGGGACUUCUUCACAAUGGCUGCCAAACAUCAAAGGGAAGACCAGCUGAAUUCCACCUUCUGACUCCACUCAUGUUCUCAACCUAGAAGUGGGUCCAGUAGUCUAUAUGCUGCAUUUUCCUGACAGCUGUUGUGCAAAGUUAGUGGACUAUCUGUCAAGGAUCUUCAGUCCCACAAGUAGGAAGCUGCUGUACUUAUGCAUUCUGCCUUCCCCCACCUCCCCCUGGUACUUUGAUUCCAAAGUACCAAUGUGAAAGCUUGCAUUGCCUAGGUAAUAUGCUAUUGCUAUUGCAAGGAGUGCACUCCUAACUUUUUUUUGCAUCACCAGUAUUCAAACCACCUGGGAAGUUCAGCUGAAUGAGGACCUGUAUAACCUUUGGAUAGAAAAUGUAAUCUGCUUCUCCCAGUUACAGUUAUGGUUGGCAAAUGCUUCAGAUGUACCAUGAAUUGGCAACUGUAAACAGUGGAUAGUCUGAAGAGCCUCUCUGCUACCUUGGCCUCUUUUUUGGCUUUUGAUGCUUGUAGCCAGAAGAGGCAUUUUAUAAAUUGCAGCUUGAGUGUCUUACUGUGAAUGAACCAGACUUUGCUUUGUAGUCUUGGACUUCUCUUGUCUAAUUUAAGUAUUUCACUGAUGACCAAAUAAUUUUAAAUCCCAUUAUUUUGACUCAAAAUCCACUUGACUUUCUAUUUCUUGGGAUAGUAGCCUCACUGCAUAUACCAUUAUAUGCCUCCUUUGACUUCCUAUAAUACCAUUUUCAUGGUUGUGCUGUAAAGGCGUUCUGGGACAGCUUCUUGGACUGCUCUGGAGAGUAGCUCGAGGGAGUCCAUUGAACCAGGCUUCAUCCAGCUAGUCUGCUUUUGCUUUAUCAGUGAAUCAUUAGCAGUGGUGUCAAAAAUGAGUACUCUUCUGGAAGCUGCUUCUUUUCCAGGCAAGUUGUCAGUGUUCAAUUCUGUUCCUGCAAAAUGUGAUUUCUCUCUGUUCCUUCUCACCCCCCCCCCCAAUUAAACAGUGCUGUGGGGUUGUAAAGAUGACACUAGUCCCUGCUGAACAGUGCCUAUAUAAUCACUGAUUAACUACACUGUUACCUUAUGCAGCUGGGAUGCGCCCAUUGCUUAAUUCACUCUGAAGCCAACCAUCUCUCCCACUAGCUCUCGCUCCUGUUCUGAAGGAACACCUGGCUUAAAGAGGAGGGGAAGGGCAUACCAAGAGGUCCAAGGGAUUGUUCUUCAAAGAGAUGAGUCUCCUAGGCAUGUCCGGAAAAAUCACAGAGAGUUGGAAUAUAGAAAAACAGAAUCUGUGUAGGAAAUAAAAUACCUCCAUGCAGUUAGAAAAAAUAUCAGACCUACAUGUAUCACCAGCUUCUAAAGUAUGCAUUGUAAGAUAAAUAUUUCAGAGGCCCAUGCUGGUGCAAUGUGUAAACUCAAGAAUAACAAAAUAUUAUAUAAAGUCAUCUAAACGGCAAGUUGUCUUGAGAAAUGGCCAGUGUCUGGGCAUAUUAUACCGCCCAGAGCCCCUAGAGGAUGGGGCGGUAUAAAAGUUUAAUAAAUAAAUAAAUAAAAAUAAAAAUAUUCUGCUACUAUACCCUGUCCAGGAUAAAGAUGAUAGCUGGAUCAUAGUUCAAUCCACUCCUCCUUCAUGGAUCUUCUUAGCUCCACUGCAGUCCUAGUGCCUACCUUGUCCAGUUUCCCCCUCCCCCCUCCCAGUAAAAUGCAUUAAAAAUGUAAUGUCUUUCACUGACCUUGUGUAUGUGAAAGCAUCUUUUGCAUACAGUAGUGAUUUAACUUUUGGGCAAGUGUCUGAAUUCUCUUGGGGUUUGUUCUUGCAAGUAGUUCUUGCAAGUAGUGGCUGUCCUUGGUAGCCUCCGGGACAACUGGAAAAGCCCCAAUCCACCCGGAGCCACAGCAGUUCUCUUCACCAAGCUCCAAAGUUGUUGUCACUUCCUGUGCGCAACUCAGGACUGCGCUCUCAUCUUUAUGCUGAACAGGGUAUAACUUGUCUCCUGUUGUUCUACACAGUCCUGACACUAGACUGGCGAGUAGCUUGCAAGUAUGCCAUAAGACUGGAUGGUCAUGUGUCCAAGAUGAAGGGAAGAAAAAACAGAUGCCCAUACAAUGGAGACUUAAAUAUCAUGGGUCAGAUUGUAACACCUGAACUACUGAUGUUGUCCUUCAAACAGAAAUGAAGGGUGGAUCAACAGUAACUCGAACAGGAAUAUUAAAAGGGCUUGGGGCUUGCUUUCUGGAAAGGCUCUUAAGAGUAUGAGGGCACACUGUGUUCGCUGUAACUAGAAGCUGACAGAUGCAGAGAAGAUAGACAGGCUUGCUUGAUGGAUCCCCUGCACCUGCACCAGCUAUCUGAACAAGUUUACAAACAGUUUACUUCCUUCUUCCAAACAACUUUAAAAAUCUUUGUACACUGCACUGUUGGCUAUGUUAGUGAUUAAGGCUGUUUCCAGUACCUCCGAAGAAGCAAUGAAAUGGUGCUCUAAUGAACAGCAGCAUUAAAAUACUUAAAACAGCUUAAGUACUUGGAGAGGAAUGGCCAGGGAGGAACCAGUAAAAAUGGGGGGAAAGAAACUGCCUUGGAGCCAGACAGAGUAGUUUCAGAGGAUAGGUUCCACAGUGACAAGUCACUCAUCUCUCAAGGUGAUGCACAGCACAGCUUCCUACUUAACUUUACCUGAAGGAUAAGCAGAGCUUCCUACUUUAUUUAGGGUAACAGAUGUUCUUUUAAGGUCUUGCUCCCCAGUUACUUCAGAAGCUUUUAAGGUCGUAAACAAGCAAACACAUCCUCUGUGGUUCUGUCAAGAUUCCCUGGAACUGGCACUAGCCUACAGUCUUUGCACUAACUGAAGGCUGUGAGCCGCUUCAAGUCAGCCCCUCACAUAGUGUGAAUUUCAGUAGUCUGACCUAGAGCUUGGAUAAUUAUGGCCAGAGUGACUUAGCACUUGAACCUAAUAGUAUGGACCAAACACAUCUAACAUUGCAGGUUUUAAAGAUAUUCAGGAUAAAGCUUGACCAGUCAAGCCGCUUAAGCUUUAACUCGCCCUGUCAGACUAUCAUUCUGGCACCGUUAGUUAGCAAAACCAAACAUUACAAGACAAAGUAGACACCUUUUUAAAAAAGUUUGAACCAGAGCUUGUUCACAUGAUCAACCCCUUGUUGAUUACCUACGUUUGCAUGAUCAGAGGCUAGGUGAAGCACUUGGGAACAUAAGACUAUUAGCGCUCUGGGGCUAAGCAAAAGCCUCCAUUAAUAUCUCACCAGCAGCAGUUCAUCAUGCAUGACAGCAAAGUAAUUAGACUUUUGGCAGGAUUCAGCAGUGCACACAGUAGGCACGAAUGUUCUGUGAACUCUUCCAACCCCCAUAUUACAUAGAGGCAUGGAAAUUUUUGUCCUCUGGGAAGCAAAUUCUUAUAAUCAUGAAGAAUAUAGGGGGGCCCUCAAUUAACCAGGUCCUUGUUCAUGCCCUUAUGGUUCUGCUGCUUCUUCUCUCAGAGGUUUUCACGCAUGUUUUGCCAUGUGAAUCAGCGGGACUCCACAGUCUGGCUUCAUACUUGCAUUUUUGUGGCAAUUGAGUAGAUAAGAGAUUGAGACUGAAUUUGACUGCUUUUGAUUACAAACACACACACCCCCAGAAAAAAACCACAGCCAGAACAUCUAAGCAGACAUAUGACCUGUUCCAGUACUAUUGAAGGAAGAAAGCAUACACAUGGAGCCUUUUAUUUUGGCAUUAUGCCCUGAAAACACAUGAAUAGUCAGUGCAUGUUUAGAGGUUAUUACGCUUUUCUGGGAUGCUGGAAUCAGAUUUCUAGGAGAUUCUGUUGUUUCAUGGAGGCAUAAGAAAACUCUGGGCCACAUAACUAGGAGGACACCUGCGUGGGGCAGCUGUGGAAAUAUACAUGCACUGUAGUGACCUGUCUUCUACACCUGCAAGUUCCAUGGCUUGUGACAGAAAACGCCAGAAGCAAGGUGAUUUAUUACUAGUAUUAAUUUCAGAUAAGGUUACAUAAACUUAGCAGCGACAUUAUAAUGUGUUUACAUCAGAUGGUCUAAAGCUGUGGUACACGUCACCUUCAACCAAAAAAGCCACAUGACUAGUAAGUGCCCUACCGGAUACACACAGCAAGAUACAACUAUAUUAACACAAAGUAUUGAGCUAUAAUCUUUUGAUUUACCAGAGUGCCUCUGAGGAUGUAAGGCUCAUUCCGCACAUGCAGAAUAAAGCACUUUCAAACUGCUUUCAGUGCUCUUUGAAGCUGUGCGGAAUGGCCAAAUCCACUUGCAAACAGUUGUGAAAGUGGUUUGAAAAUGCAUUAUUUUGCGUGUGCGGAAGGGGCCUAAGAUUGUCUGACUCGCCACCAUUGCUGAGCCUGAGCCAGGCUCUGGAGUGAAAGGAAGGACUUAUUUCCUCUGCUCUCUCCCCAGCUUGAGCUUAGUGGCUCAGGCAAGAAUGUGAUGUAUGGUCAAGGAGUCCAGACUGAAGGGAAAAAGUUGGCCGUGGAGAAAGGGAAGUAAAAGCUCUACCUCCCAUGUUUGCCAGCUUGCUCUCUUCCUGGCAAUUACCUGGGUGCUGAGAUAAGCGUGAGAACAGUGAGGCCUUUAUGUGUAUCCCUGGUCCAAAGUUCACAGCUCUGGGAAGUUCACAGCUUACCCAUCCUCCAGUUUGAACACCAUCUGUUUCAAGGUAGGAACCACCUGCCAACCAAGAGCUCUGCUGUGCAGUGACCUUGAUCACUUUCCUGGUAUGCGUGGGUGGGCUACAUUUGAGAAUGGUAUGCAGAUGAGUCAGAGAUUGUUUCUGAGUGUGUAUCACUGCUUUAAAGAUGUUCUCUUUUUGCUCCAGCAGUAGCAAUGGCAGUCAAUAGCUGCACACAGUUAAUGGAACAAUUGAUUAGCAGGUAAAGGCCAUUGCUUUCACAUCCUGCAUGUGAGCUCCCAAAGGUAUCUGGUGGGCCAUUGCGAGUAGCAGAGUGCUGGACUAGAUGGACUCUGGUCUGAUCCAGCAGGCUCUUUCUUAUGUUCUUAAAGCUGUAUCUUGUUUUUCAAGGGUCUUUGCUGUCAUCAAUCAUGCUUUCUUUUGGUUAGUCUUAGAUCGCAGGUUCUAAGAGCCUGGUCACAAGGAGCUGCAGACUGCUACAUCGGCAAAAGCAAAGUGCAAAACCAGAAACAACACAGUAUCUUUCAUUAAGCUCACUCAACCAAAACUGUGCACAAGCUUCUGAGUUCUCUCAUGCUGUUUAUCAGGCUUUUAGGAAACAAACAUUCAGCCUAAUGAAUAAAUCCACGGAAGCUAAAAGCUUGCAGACUGUUUUGUAUAAUUUUUGGUCGAUCCUAAUAAAAGAUAUUAUAUGGUUCCUGU